UUCCUGUCACCAGUGUUUGGGGAGGACUGUUAUUCUGUAUAACUUACUCUGUUUACGACGUCUGUGAGUAGCGUAGCAGCUCAGAAAUAAAAUAACUUAUUUACCGAGGGCAUAUAUCCGAUAGCUGUUCCACGGAAUCGUUUGGCUGCUCUAAUAGAAUCGAGUUUUCCCCACGCAGACUUAGUUGUGUGUUUGUUGGAAACAAUAUGCCAGUAGCAGCCGCACAGGCUCGUCCGGUGUAACGCACAAUGCCGCUCGCUCCUGCCAACCAGUCCCAGCUAAUUCGAGCCGAACAGAAGGACGAGUACUAUCAAGCCUUCCUUAGAAACAACGCAAAUGAAGCUUUUCAAACACUUGUCGGAUCCAAAAAAUGGCUCGACUGGAGGAAGGAAGUUGAGCUUUUUUCAGACGUAGCUUAUUUUGGUUUGACCACACUCUUAGGUUACCAGACCUUGGGUGAGGAGUAUGUCAACAUCAUCCAAGUUGACCCCAGUAAAAGACGCAUCCCUUCCCCAAUCAGACGCGGCGUUUUUGUUUUCUGCCACACAUUCCUGCCCUACCUCUUGGACAAGGUUUUGGUAUGUUUGGAGAAUGAGCUCGAAGGCCCACAAGAGCCCGGCUGCGGUAUCAGACGGAGGCAGGCAUCAUCGGGGGCUUGGAGCCUUGAGCUAUGGCUGAGGAGAGGCAUGCGGAGGGCAGUAGGACUGUUGUCAGAACCCCAGAAGAGAAAGUGUUUGCCAGCUGUGUUUGUCCUCCAGCAGACAGUGACCCUCCUGCACAGAUUCCACGUGGCUCUCUUUUAUGUCAGCGGCAUUUUCUAUCAACUGUCCAAGAGAACUUCUGCAAUCAGCUACCUUCGUGUUGCAGGGGCGCAUAGUGAUGACGGGACCAUCAGGAGCUGCUACAGGCUGCUUGGCGCCAUCUCCCUCAUCCAGCUGCUCAUCACAGUGUCUCUGCAGCUCAACAACUUUCGACAGAGACAGAGAGCCAGGCAGGAGUGGAAGCUCUACAGGAACCUCACUGGAAGUCCACAGCAAAACGAAGAAAAGAAGUCGACGUCCAGGGCCGCACGGUGCAUCCUUUGCCUGGAGGUGCGCAGACAUCCGACUUCUACGCCCUGCGGACACCUCUUCUGCUGGGAGUGCAUCACAGAGUGGUGUAACACCAAGGCAGAGUGCCCCCUGUGCCGUGAAAAGUUCCAGCCUCAUAGACUCGUGUACCUGAGGAACUACAGCUAGAAGACGCAUACACUGCUGCUGGAUUCAGUUCAUUGUAAAAAAAAUAAUUAAUUUAAACACAAAUGGACUCAUGCCUAGCCACAAAAACAAAAUGUAAAAUAAUAUUUUCCAGAAUGAAGCUUACUCUGUUGCAAACUAUGUACAACAGAUAGACGGGUAUCUUAUCUUUGAAAUGACAAUUGUGCCUUUUUCAUGAAGAGAUGAAGAAUUCCAUUUUGAUUGCAUCAGUCAAUAAUACUGAAACACUUGUUUAACGACACAUGAAAGUACAACAUCAUAAAUUCAGUGGUCCACCAUGAUUUGUCAUUAUUGAAUGAACAUGGGAAUAAAAAACAAUGAGACA